AUGCAAUUACCAAAGCAGUGGUCUAGGAGUUGUGGAAGAGUUUUGGAAAUAACGAACGAGCAUCUUCAAAAGUACGCACAUUUAUUAAAGUGGAGAAACAAUGCAUCGAUUUUAGAGUGUGGAAUAGCUACGGGGGAAAAUUCGGUAAAAAGCAUUAUUCCAAUUCUUCCACAAGAUUACAAGGAAUUUGUUGCUACUGAUAACUCAAAAAAUAUGCUGGAAGUUGCUAAGAACGUUAUCAAUAUACCAAGAUCUACCGUUUGUGAACUUGAUGUUACCGCACGACAUCCACCACUGAACAUGGAAAAUAGGUUCGAUCAUAUUUUUGGAUUUUUUCUUAUUCAUAUGGUGGAAAAUCCAAGGCAAGCGUUUAGAAACUUCCACACGAUGCUUAAACCAGGAGGUUCAGUCUUUCUAAAUUUUUUUGAACGUAUUCCAGUAGAUGGAAUGUUCCAUAAUUUAAGAUCUCACCCAAAAUGGGGAAAGUACCGUCAGGAAGAUGCCAUCUCAGUAUAUUAUUAUACCCAAAAUCCGAAAGAGGAAUAUAGAAAAGAUAUAGAAGCAGCUGGGUUUAAAAACUAUGUUUACAAUGACGAAAUUCACCAACACGUGUUUAAGUCGGAAGAGGAAUGUAGAGAUCUUCAUACAUCUGUAAAUCCAAUUGUGAAUAACAUACCCAAAGAAGAGUAUGACGAAUAUAUAGAGGAUUACAUAAAAGAAAAAGAAAAUACUCCAAUUUUUCACAUAACUUACGAAAAUGGAAAACGAACAAUUUCAGCAGAAUAUAAGAUGUUUGUGUUUCACGCAACCAAAAAUGUUUAA